AUGGAUAAGUCUUGGAUUGGAAUGCCAAGAAACACAUCGGAGUAUUUGCUUGGUCUUAAUCAAUUUCUAGAUUUUGCAUUUAAUAAUGGAGCUAUAGGAGAUAAAAUUAAAUGUCCAUGUCCUAAAUGUGGUUUUGGAAAGUGGCAAACAAGAAAUAUAGUGUUUGACCAUUUGAUCAACAAGCCGUUCCCAAAGAAUUAUGUCACUUGGGUUAUGCAUGGAGAAAUGAAUGUGUUUCCUAAUUCGAGAAACAUAGAGACCACUCAAGCUACACCACCCACUGAAAAUCCAAUAGAAUUAUUGGUUAAUGAAGCAUUCGGGGGCUUAAGGCAUGAGGGUGUUGAUGUAGGUCCAUCACCGGUAGUGGAAGAAGAAGAAACGUUACAUGAUACGCCUGCUUUAAAUAAGAAAAAUUUAUUUGAGUUGCUGAAAGAUGGAAGUCAAGAAUUGUAUGAAGUCUCCAAGUACUCAAAGUUGGAAUUUUUGUUAAAGCUUUAUCACAUUAAAUGUUUGUCUGGAUUAAGUGAUAAGGGAAUGACUAUGAUCAUAGAUCUACUUAGGGAUGCAUUUAAAUUUGCAAAGAUCCCUGAUUCUUUUUAUGAGGCCAAGAAAACCAUAAAUAAGUUGAGUCUUGAUUAUAUCAAAAUAGAUGCUUGUCCAAAUGAUUGCAUGUUGUAUUGGGAAGAUGAUGUUAACGCCGAGACAUGUAAGUAUUGUCACACUUCUAGAUGGAAGCCAGAGAAGAAGAGCAAUACAGAUCAUACACCGACCACAAGUAAGAAGAAAAAGAAGAAGCAAAAGAAGAACCCUGCAAAAAUUUUGCGAUACUUUCCCUUAAAACCAAGAUUGCAAAGAUUGUUCAUGUGUUCUAAAAUUGCAGAGCAUAUGAGAUGGCAUGCAGAGAAUGAUAACAAAGAUGGGAACCCUACGACAUCCUAG